GAAAUACAUAAUCUGUCAUUAUCAUCAGCAUCCAUCGAUGCUUUUUUGCUUUGAGCAAAAUAAAUACACCAGCUCGUUACGCUUGCUACGCAAAGAUUGUGAAAAUUCGUCUAAGCCGUCAUUUUUGUUAUUAAAUAAUACGGAUAGACAAAAUUCUACACCUAUAGUGGAUUUGAAUUCCACAAUUCCGGCGCAUGUUAGUCAGCGGAGGCCGACUAUUUCGUGCCGGAAGCUUUUUAUAUUUCUGGUCUGCCGCCUGCAGAACCAAAAAAAUGCAACAACAGUGAAGUGCAGUGCAUCUCUGGGCAGAUCACUCUUGCACCACUGUGCCGAGCCGCGCAAGGCUCUUGUACCAGAAUCGUCACUUCUCUCGUUUGCCGCUUCUAUCGUUCGCCGUCUCCACUCAGCAGCAGCAGCAUCAGCAGCAGUGCAAUGCCAGUGCCAGUGCUAGUGAAGAUGUGUAGUGCAAGUUUGUGAAUAAUAGUAUGACAAAAAUAAGUUUGUUUAAAGUUAAAAGGUCAUACAAUAGUUGUGCACAGAGGCAAUAGUAAA